AUGAGCAGCCCUGAAUCCAGUUUUAUCAUUGUCGGUGGCGGUGUGUUCGGACUAAGUACAGCCUUGUGGCUCGCUCGAGGCGGCUACAAGAACAAUCACUACAACCCAUCCAAUGGCUGCGAUGGAGCCUCUGCAGACAUAAACAAAAUCUUUCGCGCCACAUAUGGCAGCAAAAGCCACUCGCAAGAUCUCGCUCUCGAAGCUAGAGACAUUUGGCUCGAGUGGAAUAAAGCCAUCAAAAAUAGCGAUCCAUCUGAACUUCCCGACCCACUCACUCCCGAGGACGAGCUAUUGACUCUUUGUGGUGUGUUUCAUUUAGCCGAUGGGCCAAAAUUGAUUGAUCUUUAUUCUGAAAAUCUUCGGGUCAUGGGCGAAACUGCUCCUUCCUUCCGAGAUCUGCAAUUUGUAAAGAACACUGGCAGUGAUGAACGACGCGUCAAUUCGUUAGGACCCGACUGGGCUAAGAAAUACCAUCGCUUUGAUACGUUCAGAGACGGUCGUACAAACGGAUUUCUCGACGCAGGGUCCGGUAUUACUCUAGCAGACAAGGCCUGCGUUUAUGCGCGCCAUCUUUGCCUAAAGGCUGGAGUGAAAUUUAUUCUUGGUCGACCUCAAGGCGAGAUCAAAAGUUUGAUCGUUGACGAGUCUGGUUCCAGCAAGCGAGUUACCGGUAUUCAAACUGAGGGUGGCUUGCGCCACAAUGCAGACCUGGUUAUCGUUGCUUGCGGUCCUUGGUCCUCAUCUAUUAUUCCAGAUGCACAUCGCUCUGUCGAAGCAACAAUGGGCACAGUGAUGUUCGUCGAUGUCCCUAGCGAUCGACAGGAUCUUCGCACAAAAUUUCACCCAGACAACUUCCCAGUCUGGCGGUUCCUAGAAGGAGAAGGAGAUUCUGCUUACGAAGGAGGUGGCUUCCCUAUCACGAAGGAAGGCAGAUUAAAAUUCGGAUUUCGUGCUCGCAAGUUUACCAACUUCCAAGACCACCCAUCCCAAGAAGAUUUGAAAAUAUCGACUCCUCGGACAAAAUACAGCCCGGAUCCCAUCAAUACCGUGCCCCUUUAUGGACUGAAACAAAUGAAGCGAGUGAUAGGUGGAUUGUUCCCUGAAUUAACCGAGAUCGGGUUCACGGACAGUCGUUUGUGCUGGUACACUGAUAGUAUUGACAACGAGUUUGUCAUUGAUUAUGUACCUGGGUAUUCUGACUCGUUAUUUAUCUGCACGGGUGGCUCUGGACAUGGCUUCAAGUUCCUUCCGAUUCUCGGCAAGUACGUCAAAAAUCAGCUGGAGAAAAAUCCAGAUCGCUUUACACCUCUGUGGAAAUGGCGAACUGUUGAGGAAGGCAAAAACUGCAAUGGACUUGAAGAAGGGGAGACAGGACCUCGUGACAUGUCAAAGCUGAAAUUAGCCUCGACUCAAGAUUUCCAUUUUCGCAUCAACAGCUCCCUCUGA